AGACAGGUAAACACUAGGCUAGCCUACAGGCCAAGGCAGCUGCAGUAGUAUGUAUAUGUUUACUGAUCAUCUCUCAGGUAAUUUGUCCACGAUGCAGUACCGUAGCACUCUUCAGAGUAGGGAGUGGGAAGAGAAAAAAAAAGUAGAGAGGAAAGGGUGUUGUGUGUGUAUAGAUGCACACUUGCUGUAAAGGGACGUCAUAGCCGAUCACACAGACGAACAGGGCUAACGUUACCAAAACAUGGCGAUGAAAUAGUUUAUGGACUAUAUGUCGGGAAAUUACUUGGAUGGUAUCAACUAUACUCUUAACUAAAGUAUAUAUUUAGAAGUACGAACCAGCUCACAUUCGUACAAUUGGAUCCGUACAGAAACUGUUUUUUUUCACCGUCGGUACAGGCAGUGCAAGGCGCGAUCUGUGUCAACGCGAAAGGAGUGAAAGUUUGUGUUCAGAUAUCGAAUGUCGGACAUUCGACGUAGCUAGCUGGUUACAUAUGAUAUACUGACCGCGCCAUUUGCUUGCUACGUCAUUUGUGGAACAUUAAGUCUCUGCAGGACGCGAAUUACGGCCAGCUAGAAUGCAAGCUUAUUCAAAAUAAAUCUUAUUUUUGAUUUGUGCGUGGGUAGCUAGCUAGAUACCGUUAACAGCUCUGCUGCAGACCACCUUCGUAUUAUUGCGCUGUUAUUAUUUAGCCAACAGCUAACUACCUAGCCAGGUAACUUAGCUAGCUACUUAUUCUAACUUUUGUUUAAUCUCACAAACAUAAUUGUAUCGUGUAGUUAAACAUUCAAAGUAUAUGUAGACGACCACUUCGUUCGAAUUGUCAUGCAACAUAUACGUAUUAAUAUUGCCAAAAUGAACGCAUAGAGUGCAGCACAAUAUUGGGUCUCUAACGCAAUGGGACUAGCUUGCUAGCUAACUGCAUUUCGCCUUGCCGUUUUUGCGUCUGGUUGUUUAUGUUAGCAAGUCGAGUCUCAUAAGGUUCCCCCAUAUCUGUCUGAGCGGGACCUGACAGUGCAGGACACCGCUAAAUUAAACAUUGGGCCACCUGGAUUUUCUACCGGCUGCUACUUUUUUUUACUAAUUUACUACUUUUGCCAGUAUGUCCGAAAACGCCCCCACACGAAGCUUGGAUGACAUCGACCUCGCAGCUUUGAGGGACCCAGCAGGGAUCUUUGAGCUGGUGGAGGUCGUUGGCAAUGGGACCUAUGGACAGGUGUACAAGGGGCGUCAUGUUAAGACGGGCCAGCUGGCUGCCAUCAAGGUAAUGGACGUGACAGAGGAAGAAGAGGAAGAGAUCAAGGCUGAGAUCAACAUGCUGAAGAAGUACAGCCAUCACCGCAAUAUUGCCACCUACUACGGAGCUUUCGUCAAGAAGAGCCCACCUGGACAUGAUGACCAUCUCUGGCUGGUGAUGGAGUUCUGUGGGGCGGGCUCCGUGACAGACCUAGUGAAGAACACCAAGGGUAACUCUCUGAAGGAGGACUGGAUCGCUUACAUCUGCAGAGAAAUCCUCAGGGGCCUCUCGCACCUCCACCAACACAAGGUCAUCCACAGAGACAUCAAGGGACAGAACGUGCUGCUGACAGAGAACGCAGAGGUCAAACUCGUGGACUUUGGGGUGAGUGCUCAGCUGGACAGGACUGUGGGGCGCAGGAACACCUUCAUCGGUACGCCUUAUUGGAUGGCCCCUGAGGUCAUCGCCUGUGACGAGAACCCUGACUCCACCUAUGACUACAGGAGUGAUAUCUGGUCCCUGGGGAUCACAGCCAUAGAGACGGCAGAGGGAGCUCCUCCUCUGUGUGAUAUGCACCCUAUGAGAGCUCUGUUCCUCAUCCCGAGGAACCCCCCUCCCAAACUCAAGUCCAAGAAGUGGUCUAAGAAGUUUAUAGAUUUCAUUGAGGGCUGCCUGGUGAAGACGUACACCAGCCGGCCGUCCACAGAGCAGCUCCUGAAGCACUCGUUCAUCCGGGACCAGCCCACAGAGCGCCAAGUCCGCAUCCAGCUCAAAGACCACAUUGACCGCACACGCAAGAAGAGGGGAGAGAAGGAGGAGACAGAGUAUGAGUACAGUGGCAGUGAUGAGGAGGAUGAGAACCGUGGGGAAGACGGAGAGUCCAGUACCUCCAUCCUGAAUGUGCCUGGUGAGUCGACGUUGAGGCGGGACUUCCUGCGUCUGCAGCAGGAGAACAAGGAGCGAUCGGAGGCUCUGAAGAGACAGCAGGCCCAACUGGCCGCCCAGCGCCGAGACCCAGAGGAACACAAGAGACAGCUGCUGCACGACCGACAGAAACGCAUCGAGGAGCAGAAAGAACAGCGUCGCCGCCUGGAAGAGCAACAGAGAAAAGAGCGAGAGAUGGUGAGACAGCAAGAAAAGGGCCCCCAUCGGAGACUUGACGAUAUAAGGAGGGAGGAGGAUAGGAGGCUGGCCGAGAGGGAGCAGGAGUUCAUAAGACAUAAGUUAGAGGAGGAACAGCGGCAGUUAGAAAUCCUUCAGCAGCAGCUGCUUCAGGAGCAGGCACUGCUCAUGGAGUACAAGCGUAAGCAGCUGGAAGAGCAGAGGCAGUCUGAGCGUCUGCAGAGGCAGCUGCAGCAGGAGCAUGCCUACCUGGUGUCCCUGCAGCAGCAGCAACAGGACAAGAAGCCCCAGCCCCUCUACCACUACAGCAAGAACGUGGAGCCCAACAAUAAGCCUGCAUGGGCCCGAGAGGUGGAGGAGCGCAGUAAGCUCAACAGGCAGGGCUCCCCCAAAAUCUGCAACACUGUCUCUGACACUGCCAUCCAAUCACGCUCUGACUCCAUCAGCCAAUCCGGAGGGGGCCAGGCUGCUCAGACCCCGCCUAUGCAGCGGCCUGUUGAGCCUCAGGGGGGACAGGGCAAGUUCCAGAUGGCCCACUUGGUCCCGCUGAAGCCCUACGCUGCCCCUGUCCCCCGCUCCCAGUCCCUGUGUGACCAGCCCACUAAGACCAUGUCCGCCUUCCCCACCCAGGAUCCCUCCCCCACCCCCCGCCCCGUCCACUCCAGGGAGCUGGUCCGACAGAACUCUGAUCCCACCUCCGAGAGCCCCGCCCCACAGCCUCGCAAAAGGGAGGACCGCGGCCCCUGGAUUCGCCUGCCAGAGAUCGAACAGCCGCCCAAGAUUCCCCAGAGGACCGCCUCCAUUGCCACAGCUCUCAACACCAACCUAUCGUCUGGCAUCAGGCAUCCAGUCAGAGCCAGCAACCCAGACCUGAGCCGCAACGACCGCUGGGAAAGAGGAGAUAGCAUGAACCACGUAUCCAAUCUACCCCAGACUGGCUCUCUGGAGAGGCACCGGAUACUCAGCUCCUCCAAAAUAGACUCCCCCAUACUAGGCCAUGAUGGGCGCAUGACGGGGCACAAGCCAGGGGAGUCUCGCACGUCGUCCCGCCCCAGUCGCCCUGCUAGUUACAAGAGAGCUAUAGGAGAGGACCAUGGGCUGUAUGCUAAGGAGCGUCCUGAGGAGCAGCCCAGACCUCCGGUGAAGGCCAAUGACUACUCCUCAUCCUCAGAAGGCAGUGAGAGCAGUGAGGAGAGUGAGAGUGGAGAGGGGAAUGAGGAGGAGGACAGCCCUACAGACCGUCCCCGGGAUGCCGACACUGACUCGGUCAACACCAUGGUGGUUCAUGAGGAGGAGGAGGGCGAGGGAGGGGAGGAGGGGCAGGCUGGAGGCUACAGGGACCAGACCAUGCUGGUGCAGAGGACACCAGAGAAGCGGAGCCACAAUGGAUACACCAACCUGCCUGAUGUGGUGCAGCCCUCCCACUCCCCCACUGACUCCGCCUCCCACUCCUCCCCUGGGAAAGACUCUGUUUAUGAUUAUCAGUCCAGGGGUCUAGUCAAGGCGUCAAGUGGCAAGUCCUCCUUCACCACCUUUGUUGACCUGGGCAUGUACCAACCACCAGGUGACACUGCGGAUGCCAUCUCUGUGGGCAGCCUGGGCUCCAGGUUUGAGCAGCUGAAGAUGGAGGUGAGGAAAGGCUCCAUGGUGAACGUGAACCCCACCAACACACGCCCCCACAGCGACACCCCCGAGAUCCGCAAGUACAAGAAGAGGUUCAACUCUGAGAUCCUCUGUGCUGCUCUCUGGGGUGUGAACCUGCUGGUGGGGACAGAGAAUGGUCUGAAGCUGCUGGACCGUAGUGGUCAGGGGAAGGUCUACCCCCUCAUCAAUUCGCGCAGGUUUCAACAAAUGGAUGUUCUGGAGGGACUGAACCUGCUCAUCACCAUAUCAGGUAAGAAGAACAAGGUGCGUGUGUACUACCUGGCCUGGCUGAGAAACAAGAUCCUCCACAAUGACCCGGAGGUUGAGAAGAAGCAGGGCUGGACCACUGUAGGGGAGAUGGAGGGAUGUGUCCACUACAAAGUGGUGAAAUAUGAGAGGAUCAAGUUCCUGGUGAUAGCUAUGAAGAAUGCGGUGGAGGUAUAUGCCUGGGCUCCCAAGCCUUAUCACAAAUUCAUGGCCUUCAAGUCCUUUGGUGACCUGCCCCACAGGCCCCAGUUGGUAGACCUCACAGUGGAGGAAGGUCAGAGGUUGAAAGUCAUCUAUGGCUCCAUUGCUGGCUUCCACGCCAUCGACGUUGACUCUGGGAACAACUAUGACAUCUACAUCCCAGUGCAUAUCCAGUGCCAGAUCAUGCCCCAUGCCAUCGUGUUCCUGCCCAGCUCGGACGGCAUGGAGAUGCUGCUGUGCUACGAGGACGAGGGCGUCUAUGUAAACACCUACGGACGCAUCAUCAAAGAUGUGGUGCUUCAGUGGGGCGAGAUGCCCACCUCUGUUGCCCAUAUCUGCUCUAACCAGAUCAUGGGCUGGGGAGAGAAGGCCAUAGAGAUCCGUGCUGUAGAGACGGGCCACUUGGACGGAGUCUUCAUGCACAAGAGAGCCCAGAGGCUCAAGUUCCUCUGUGAGAGGAAUGACAAGGUGUUCUUUGCUUCGGUGCGCUCCGGGGGCAGCAGCCAGGUCUACUUCAUGACCCUGAACAGGAACUGCAUCAUGAACUGGUGAAACAACAUCGUCCCAUACAACUAUGUCCCGUAGUCAGUGUAUGGAAACCACCAGGCCAAGCUAUUGACACUCAAACCCCCACCCACCCCCCACGCCCCACUUACAAGGACACACCACACAGUCAGACUCAACACAAACACAACACACACAUACAGCACACACAAGCCUACUGUAAAUCCAUUCCAGCCUAAAGUCUUCACGACAAAGUCUAUCUCACCUGCCACCUGCUGACUCCCCUAAACUGAUUAAGCUUCCUCUGAAAUGGUAGCUAACUAUGAGACAUCACCACAGGAUUCUCAUGUAAUAUCAUCUCUACUCUACUGUGUAUAUACUUGUCCUGUAUUAUUGUACCUCAGUCACUUGGUGGACCUGUGUUUAGUCGUAACUACUGUAGUUAGUUCCUUCUUAUUGGAGGUAUGUUAAAAACAUUCCUUACUGGUGAAAUAGAUUUGGAAGAAGUCAAGAUUGAAUUGUAAAUAGCCAGUAUCUAACAUGUUCACAUGGAAGAGAACAUGGGUAGAUUGAAGUCACUGGCAGACUUGUAUAUUACACCUCCAUUUGGGGCGUUACCAUGGACCUGAUAUAUACUGUACUGGCACACCCUAGAGGUUUGAAGUAUUGUUGCAACACUUCACCAUAGAAGCUCACUCACUAUGCUAAGCUUCUGAUUCCCUAUGACAUCAUUAUUCAACUCAUUGUUUAAAAAUAAGAAGUGUUGUUUGAUUAAAACUUGAUUUAAUGUUUCUUAUUUUGAUGUUUUUUGGGAUGUAGGUUUAAAAAACCUCAUCGGAAGAUGGACUAUCUAUGAUGUGAACAUAGUAUUGUUCUAUUCCUUAGUAAAUCCAGAGAAGUUAAAUAGAACACACUGCUGUGCUCAAACUAUACACCUUCUAUUCCUUUAUUAUAUCCUUGCUACAUAUCCGGGAUGGACCUCCUCACCUUUUAGGAGGCUUUCUAACUGGCUUUAGAUAUUUCUACCUUUGUUUCUUGUCAAUAUCGCUAAUAUCGCAACAAAGAUUUGAUAUCUGUACGGUUCCUGUAUUUGGUAUUAGCCUAACUGGUAUUCUUACUUUUAUCUCUACUGUUAUAUUGCCGUUAUAUUGCAAUAUAUAUGCUGUUCUAGUGCAGUUCUUGUUCGGAGAAGGGAGUUGAGUUAAUUUGUUGUGUGUAAAAUAUACCAGUGGAAGGGAGUGAGGUGACUUGUUAAGAUGUGGGGGUCGAGGGGUGAUGAAGUAUGAAGGCUUUGAAGUCACCGUAAUAAAGAGGACAUAGAGGAUUUGGAAGAGAGAGAGAUGUAGUUGUAAGAAUAUUAUAAUGGAAGUCAGGUUUUCUUCAUCUUGCGGAUGUUAUCCAGUUGAAUAUAGUUCCCUUUUCUCUUACUAGAGCUACUCUGUCCGCAACCUCCAUUUUUAAUGUAUUUUAUGUUCAUUGGUAUGGAUUUGGGUAUGUGUGUUUUGUAUGCAAAGGUGUGAGUGUUUGUAGGGAUGGGGCUGCAGUGGAUAAUACUGAACUAUUAAUGUGGUUUCAAGCAACAGCUGUGUGGUUCUUGAGCCAGUAUUGAACUUCACUGAGUGAUGCUUUAGCAGUCCCAGUUUUGUGGCAUCUUUGGCUCUGCAAUACUGUACUAGAGGACUCAAACUCAUUGGGCACUUUUAUUUAUCAUACUAAACUGGUAGUAAGGCAACAAGUUGUUGAAUAUAUUGGUAUUGUUGUUUUCCCUACCAAAAUUCACAAUACUUCUCUGAACAUACUAUGAAUCUACUUUGAUUAUUUAAGAGAUCAGGGGAAAUGCAUAAGCUGUGGGUAUUUUAUGUACUUUACUCUAAAUGGAUUCUAUAUAUUAUAAAUAUAUUUAGUAAAGAAGCAAAUAUUAUUAACACCUACUCAUUCAAGGGUUUUUCUUUAUUUUUACUAUUUUCUACAUUGUAGAAUAGUAGUGAAGACAUAAACUAUUAAAUAAUACAUAUGGAAUCAUGUAGUAACCAAAAAAAUAUCUUAUAUUUGAGAUACUUCAAAGUAGCCACCCUUUGCAUUGAUGACAGCUUUGCACACUCUUGGCAUUCCCUUGACCAGCUUUACCUGGAAUGCUUUUCCAACAGUCUUGAAGGAGUUCCCACAUAUGCUGAGCACUUGUUGGCUGCUUUUCCUUCACUCUGCGGUCCAACUCAUCCCAAACCAUCUCAAAUGGGUUGAGGUUGGAUGAUUGUGGAGGCCAGGUCAUCUGAUGCAGCACUCCAUCGCUCUCUUUCUUGGUCAUAUAGCCCGUACACAGCCUGGAGGUGUGUUGGGUCAUUGUUCUGUUGAAAAACAAAAGAUAGUUCCACUAAGCGCAAACCAGAUGGGAUGGCGUAUCGCUGCAGAAUGCUGUGGUAGCCAUGCUAGUUAAGUGUGCCUUGAAUUCUAAAUAAAUCACAGACAGUGUCACCAGCAAAGAACCAUCACACCACCUCCUCCAUGCUUCACGGUGGAACCACACAUGCGGAGAUAAUCUGUUCACCUACUCUGCGUCUCACAAAGACACGGCGGUUGGAACCAAAGAAUCUCAAAUUUGGAGUCAUCAGACCAAAGGACAGAUUUUCACCGGUCUAAUGUCCAUUGCUCAUGUUUCUUGGCCCACGCAAGUUUCUUCUUCUUAUUGGUGUCCUUUAGUAGUGGUUUCUUUGCAGCAAUUCGAAAAUGAAGGCCUGAUUUCACGCAGUAUUCUCUGAACAGUUGAUGUUGAUGUGUCUGUUACUUGAACUCUGUGAAGCAUUUAUUUGGGCUGCAAUUUCUGAGGUGCAGUUAACUUUAAUGAACUCAUCCUCUGCAGCAGAGGUAGCUCUGGGUCUUCCUUUUGUGUGGCGGUCCUCAUGAGAGCCAGUUUCAUCAUACCGCUUGAUGGUUUUUGCGACUGCACUUGAAGAAACUUUGCAUCUUGAAUUUUUCCAAAUUGACUGACCAUCAUAUCUUAAAGUAAUGAUGGACUGUCAUUUCUCUUUGCUUAUUUGAGCUGUUCUUGCCAUAAUAUGGACUUGGUCUUUUACCAAAUAGGGCUAUCUUCUGUAUACCAACCCUACAUUGUCACGACACAACUGAUUGGCUCAAUUGCAUUAAGGAAAGAAAUUCCACAAAUAAUUUUGGCGUACCUUUUAAUUGAAAUGCAUUCCAGGUGAAGCUGGUUGAGAGAAUGCCAAGUGUGCAAAGCUGGCAUCAAGGCAAAGAGUGGCUACUUUCAAGAAGCUUACAUCUAAAAUAUAUUUUAAUUUAACACUUUUUGGGGUUACUAAACUCAUCAAAAAAAUGUGUAAAUACAUUUGUAUGAACAAAACAAGAUUCAACAACUGAGACAUCAACUGAACAAGUUCCACAGACAUGUGACGAACAAAGGGGGGGGUCAAAAUCAAAAGUAACAGUCAGUAUCUAGUGUGGCCACCAGCUGCAUUAAGUACUGCAGUGCAUCUCCUCCUCAUGGACUGCACCAGAUUUGCCAGUUCUUGCUGUGAGAUGUUACCCCACCGGGAAGUUCCCGGACAUUUCUGGGGGGAAUGGCCCUAGCCCUCACCCGCCGAUCCAACAGGUCCCAGACGUGCUCAAUGGGAUUGAGAUCCGGGCUCUUCGCUGGCCAUGGCAGAACACUGACAUUCCUGUCUUGCAGGAAAUCACGCACAGAACGAGCAGUAUGGCUGGUGGCAUUGUCAUGCUGGAGGGUCAUGUCAGGAUGAGCCUGCAGGAGGAUGUCUUCCCUGUAACGCACAGCGUUGAGAUUGCCUGCAAUGACAACAAGCUCAGUCCGAUGAUGCUUUGACACAUCGCCCCAGACCAUGACGGACCCUCCACCUCCAAAUCGAUCCCGCUCCAGAGUGCAAGCCUCAGUGUAACGCUCAUUCCUUCGACAAUAAACGCGAAUGCGACCUUCACCCGUGGUGAGACAAAACCGCGACUCGUUUGUAAAGAGCACUUUUUGCCAGUCCUGUCUGGUCCAGCGACGGUGGAUUUUUGCCCAUAGGCGACUUUGUUGCCGGUGAUGUCUGGUGAGGACCUGCCUUACAACAAGCCUACAAGCUCUCAGUCCAGCCUCUCUCAGCCUAUUGUGGACAGUCUGAGCACUGAUGGAGGGAUUGUGCGUUCCUGGUGUAACUCGGGCAGUUAUUGUUGCCAUCUUGUACCUGUCCCGCAGGUGUGAUGUUCGGUUGUACCGAUUCUGUGCAGGUGUUGUUACAUGUGGUCUGCCACUGCGAGGACGAUCAGCUGUCUGUCCUGUCUCCAUGUAGCGCUGUCUUCAGCGUCACACAGUACGGACAUUGCAAUUUAUUGCCCUGGCCACAUCUGCAGUCCUCAUGUCUCCUUGCAGCAUGCCUAAGGCACUUUCACGCAAAUGAGCAGGGACCCUGGGCAUCUUUCUUUUGGUGUUUUUCAGAGUCAGUAGAAAGGCGUCUUAGUGUCCUAAGUUUUCAUAACUGUUACCUUAAUUGCCUAGCCUCUGUAAGCUGUUAGUGUCUUAACGACCAUUCCACAGGUGCCUGUUCAUUUAAUUGUUUAUGGUUCAUUGAACAAGCAUGGAAAACAGUGUUUAAACACUUUACAAUGAAGAUCUGUGAAGUUAUUUAGAUUUUUACAAAUUAUCUUUGAAAGACAGGGUCCUGAAAAAGGGAUGUUAAUUUUUUUGCUGAGUUUAUAUGAUUCCAUAUGUGUUAUUUCAUCGUUAUGAUGUCUUCACUAUUAUUCUACAAUGUAGAAAAUAGUAAAAAUAAAACCCUUGAAUGAGUAGGUGUGUCCAAACUUUUGACUGGUACUGUAUAUUAAAAUGGAGAGUACGGAACAUAAUCGAUUGUAAAUGGAUAAAAGCACUUAGUACAGUUAAAAUGUCUAUAUUUUACUCUGUGAGCAUGCUUGCAUGCACAUAUAUGAGCAAUUCCUCCUGUAUCACAAUUCAGUAUCAAUUCUUAGAUUAGUUUCCCCCUAGCCUACUUUAUUGAAUAUCAGCUGUGUGACAUUGUGACUGAUAUCUCACGUUUUUACACACUCCACAAGUAGCUCUGACAGUCAUGUAAAUGGUCCUCCUAUCUUAGUUAGCCAAACUGCCAUGUUUACAGUUUAAGCAGUGCCUUGGAGUAGGGAAGAUACUGGGUGUUGAGGGUUAAAGGUAGUGAGUGUUGAGGGUUAAAGGUAGGUAGUGAAUAUGACCCUCCACUCGCUCUUAUAACUGAACUCCAGGAAGAAGAGGUUAUACUGACAGACAGUUUACAAUAAUAAAUAGUUGCCUCCUUUGUUACUGGUGUCCUGUGCCAAUGAAGUGCACUUACAUAGAAACCAGAACAUCCCUAUAUGACUCAACUACUUUUACAUUUGUAACAUUGUCAACAACUAUAGAUUUUAUUCUGUAAUUACCUCAAUGUUUACCUACUGCUUUUUAAAUGUAAUAGACUCACCAGUUACAGUGACUGUAGAUCUGUUGCCAUCAUCUAGAAGAGUUAGUGUAGAGGAAAUAUUACACAUGUAGUCUGUAGGCAUUUUCUAUAGAAUUUUACAAUAUCCUUGUAUGACCCAUUCAUGUAACUACAAUAUUGGCACAGGACAAACGUGCAGUUCAUGGCAGCAAACCUACCCAAUUUUGAAAAUGAUUAUAUGCCUAUAAAGAUACAUUUUGUCAGAGGUUGAUGUGAUAGUCCUCUAGACAGUAGGAGGGAGGCCAGUAUACCAUAUAAAAGCCAUAGGAGUAUUCCACAUUUGUUGAGAAUAAUUUGAUAGUAUUUUAUAUGUUCAAAUGAAACUUAAGCCAGUGACCUGGGAUGUGACGUUAGAUGCGCUUGAAAUGGAGAUAAAGAUACAGGUUUUUCUUGAGUGAUCAGAUAUGUGGACUGGGUGAGAUGCAGUGGGAAAUUAACUAACUUAAUAUAUUCUGAAAGGACUAUUUUAUUAAAGCAUAUGUAAAUUAUAUAAAGAUUUAACAAAAUGAAUGUACAUUAUAAAACAGAUUAGUAUUUGUAUAACAUACUCUACAGUCUGGUAUAUGAAUUAAUCUAAGCACAAUGUAUUCUAAUUUACGGCACAGAACGCAAAGCUAUAAAUGUAGGUGUCUACGUAAAUGUUUGGACCGUCUUUGUGGGUGUGACGCAUGAGCGUGAUGGUGGAGCUGUAUGUAUUUCCAGUGGAAGUGCAGAUUCCUCUUGAUACUGCCUAACAAGUAGUCAUACUGUUAGUUGAGAGGGACGGAGGGACCAGUCUGAUAUUGAGGACAUGUAUUGUCAUUGUGAGAUGGGGGAAUAGUCAACCGAGACAGAAAGGUUGGUGAAUGGAGAGGGUCAACAGUUGUCAUUAACUUUUUUAUUGUCCAAUCUAAAUUCAUUAUCAGUCAAGUGUAGUGUUACAACAAAGUUCUAACAGUAAAAUGGGAUUGUUUAAUGUUUCAGCCCCACAGAACAUCGGUAUAUCACAAAGGCUGUCCUUGCCAUAUCAAAUGUUGUGACGUUUCUCCUUCAUAAGCAAUAUGAGCGUUAAGAACAGAUGAAGUUCAAUUCUCUGCUGUCUGUCUGUGAGACUUGUGGGAGGGUGUUUGUCGUGGCCUUUGGCAGACUGAAUCUAAGCUGGACUGUUUGUCCUUGUCUCGUUAGUGAAGGAGAUACCCGUAUGUUGUUUAAUAAAAAAUGUGCGGUCUUAAUCACAAGAAAAUAUACCUUCUAAUCCACAGUCUGCAUAAUAUUCAUACAUCACGUUAACAGCUGUGAUGCUUGUCUAGUUUUGCAUUCAUGCGUUUAUCCAGUUAUUGCCUUUUGAUGAACUAUAAGGUGGAUCAUAAGGUGUUUACACAGGCAGCUCAAUUCAGAUCUUUUGACAAUUUCCCUUCACGAAGUCGCAGCCCAGAAUUUUGGGCAAGCAAACGCAUGGAUAGCAACUGUUGUCGAGGCCUAGCCAGUGUUGCCAAUUUAGUGACUUCGUUGCUAUGUGUAGCGAUUUAUUUUUGUUAUAUAAAAAAAAUGACCCCUUCAGUGACUUAUUGGGAAGAGGCUAGCGACAAAUUCAGCUACUUUAAUUUCAGGCUGCAUUUGGAGUUUUGCCACCAAGAGUUUCCAUGGUUUUGAUAGCAUGUAGCUAAUUUCCCCCGUAAAUUCUGAGAGUUGGAGAACAGGCAGAGAAGCACAAUGGGAGGUGCCGUGGGUUAAAACUACAUUGGGGACCGCAGCUCGGCAAAUCUGUGCUGUGACGUCGUAGCGGCACAUUAAUGCCAGUGAGUGGAGUGGAGGAAAAACGUAGUUUCCUGAAAUGCAGAGCCUGUUGGAGCAUUAAUCUGAAAUUCUACCUUUGUUCCAUUGUUUGUUAGGUCAACUGGUUGGCUAGCCAAGGUUGGCUCUGUCGCACUAGGCCUUUUCAAACUGCAAUGUUCUUAGCCUUGGGCUAAAAUCUUCCUUAGCCCAGGGCUAAGGAGCGGUGUGAACGCAUCUAUUGACAACCUAACGUAAUGUAAUGAAACAGGCAGGGAGCAGGUCUCGAACCCUCGACCUCCUAGCCCGAGGUCCGGCGCGCUAUCGACUGUGCCGCAAAAGCAUGCUCAAGCGGCAGAGUCGAUUUCCGCGCUUAUAAACCCAGGGUCGUUACAGUAAUAUAACUUGUUUUCUCAAUGUAUGUGAGCUAGCUAAGUUAUCCAUGCUAUUAAUACAACUCCCAUCUGCUGUUGACAUCAGGAUAUGAUUUGAGAGCACUAACUAGUUAACUCCAAAAGUGGUUAGUAGCUUUGACUGCAUGCUGACAGUGAAUUCAGAGAGCCAUUCAGUGGCUAACCACACUAGCUACAAACCAUUGGAGGCUGCUGAGGGUAGGACGGCUCAUAAUAAUGGCUGGAACGGGGCGAAUGGAAUGGCAUCAAACUCAUGGAAACCAUGUAUUUGAUGUAUUUUAUACCAUUCCUCUCCAGCCAUUGCCAUGAGCCUGCCACCAACCUCCUCUGCUACAAACAAUUUUACCAGGUUCCCGUAAAGCAAUUAUAAUGACAAUCCACCACAACAUACCCAAGAGAUUCCUGAUUAGCCAGGGGUAGUCUGUUUUAAUUUAAUUGUUGUGUAUUAAAACAGUUUGACAUCAUUGCGAGGGGAUUUCGCCAGUGGUUGACAAGGGAAUUGGGCUUCCAGGGAAAAUGUUGUCAGAGGUUGCAACAGUAACCAAGGGGAGCAGAGCUUAACGUGGGUAAAUUAUUUAUAUAUCUGAUACCCAUCUGAUAUUUUCCCCAUUGUGUAAACGGCAACAACAAAAACACAUUUGAAUCUGAUCUUUUGACUUCUGAUUUAUACCACAUCCACAUGUGGAUCUCAAUCGUGAUAUAAUUCUGAUGUUUCAUAUGUGACCUGUCUGGAUGAUUAGAUUUGUUUUUUUGCACAUGACCUGCCAUUACCAUGACAACCACAGCUACAUUUAAAGGAACAGUGACAGAAAUAAGCAUUGUAUCUGUGUGUUACAUCAGUGGGAAAAGGCUAUACGGACACUCCUGACCUGCAAAACAAUAUUUAAUAAAAAAUGUGUUAAAAUGAGGUAAGGGUCAGUUAGAUUUUGGCUUUUACAUUGCUUGCAGUUUGGGGUUUUAGGCUAGGUUUCUGUAUAGCACUUUGACAUCUGUUGAUGUAAAAAGGGCUUUGUAAAUACAUUUGAUUACAGGUCAGGAAUAUCCUUAUAGCCUCUCCCACAUCAGUGUGAAUGCACAAAUCUGAUAUGGGCACAUGUAAAACUGAGUGUGGACAGUCAGAAGAAGAAAACAAAUCUGAAUUGUGUUCUUAGGGUGGCUGUGUAAACACAGCCCAAAUGAAGGUUGAAUUACAAUACACUGUUCUCAUUUGGGUGGGUUUUCUGCUUCUGUGUAGUAAAUGUUUUAGGUAUACUGUCUCUGAGCCUCUGCCUGUUGCUAUGGAGGCAAUGACCUGCUUCACCCAAUGUAGUCGCACAUUAAUCAAGACACUCUAUUCACAGAUAUUAUAUAGUCAGACUGUACAAAAUCUUGGAUCUCCUUGUAGAAUAACAUUUAAAGUAUGAAUGGAUUUGUGAUUUUUAAUAGAUGCUUGUUGUUGGAAAUAGGACCGGUGAAAGUCAGAAAGCUGAAAAGGCUGGUAUCUUUGGACGGGUCUAUAAUCUCUUAUCCUUUUUCAGUUUUUGAGAAAUUAAAUGUCUUUACAAUGUUUAGUGUCUCUGUUUUUGAGGGGUUAACUCCAGAUUGUAUUUCAUAGACUGAUUAACUUUCAAGAUUAUGUUGAAUGAACUCAUGAGUCUGUAAAAGUCUUAAUGCAGAGUUGUUUAAAAAAUAAAAGUACAUUGAUCUAAUCUUAAAA